AUGGAAACAAUUAGAAAGUUGCUCGCCAGGCUUGGCUUUUUCAAAAAGGAGCCACCUGUGAGUUUAUUUUUAAAUUUUUUUAAAGCUUAGGUGGAUUUUUUAAAAAUAAUAGAUUAUAAGGUUCCUAAAUUUUUUGAGAGUCUGGGAGAAGGUUCUGAAGGUCUUGAAGGUUUCCAGGAUUCUGUAGAAGGCUGGACAAAAUUCUAAAAGCUCUAGAAUUCCAUUAAGAUUUUUUAGAGGUGAGACAAAGAUUUAGAGCCACCAGAAGUUUUUAAGAAUUUUGUGGAGGUUUUCUCCGGCCCGGAAUUUUCUAGAAGCUCUAGAAUUUUUUUGAGAUUUUGUAGAGGAGAAACAAAGAUCUAGAGCCAUCAAAAAUUUCUUAGGACUUUUAAAAAUCUCAAACAGAAAUCAGGAGAUUCUGAAAAUUUCCUAGAAGUUUUUAGAGGCCAUAUUUAUGAAGAUCUAGAAGUUUUCCUGGAUUUUCGAAGAAUUUUAGACUGAAACCUGAAGCAUCUUGAAGAUUUAUAGAUUUUUCAUAAGCCCGAGCCUAGUUCAAGAAGCUCUAGAAUUUUAUUAACAGAUUUUGAAGAGGUGAAAAAAAUCUAGAGGCUCUAAAAGUUUCCCAGGAUUUUUAUAGAUAUGUAGAAUGCCUAGAAGUAUUUCAAGAUUUUUCUAAAAUCCUUUCAAAAAGCCUAGGAGGUUUCCGGAAAUUUUUCAGAAUUUCAGAAUCAGACAGAAAUUUAAAGCGCCUCUAAGUUUCCUAAACUUCAAAAUUUCCAGACCUACAACGAUCUUCCAAAUGAAAUAAAAAUGGAUAUCAUAAAUAUGCUUGGUUCAAAAGGCAGAUCAAAAAUGUCCCAAGUUUCAAAAUUGUGUGCCGCACAAUGCAAAGAAUCACCAUUCUAUCUGCAAAAUCUGGAGUUUUCCAGUUCUGAAAUCAAACCAAAGAUUGAAGUUGGACAUGCCGCAAAUCGAACAGAUUAUAUUCUAACGUUCGGAGAAAAUGAGAUUAUUUGGUGAGCCUAGAACCUUUAAGGAUAAAACAUCUAUAUUUUUUUUAAAUAUUUUUUUGCAGCCUCUCACGAAACGAAGAAAGAGUUUUAUGGAGAGAAAACCUGGAAAAAUCCGAAGAAAACGCAAAUCUCAAUUGUUGUCGACACUUUGAAAAAAUGUUGGAAGAACAUCAAAAAUCAAUCAGAUCUAUUGUUAUCAACCCUUAUUCUGCACGGUAUUUGAAAUUUGAUGUGGCUAGUUUUCCAAGAUUGGAAAAUCUUCAAAUCAUACUUAAAUUUGGUAUUGAUUAUUAUCAAAUUUUCGGGAAACUUGUGAGACCUUUGAGAACUCUGGAAGUUCUUCAAGGUUAUGAUGAAAGGGAUUCGGAUUAUGAUAUUUUGGAGUAUGAUCAGGUAAUAGUUUUGGGUGGAGGGUUUUUGAGAGAAUAAAUUUAUUUUCAGAAAGUUUUCUCUAAAAACCCUCUAAUUCCACUCUCUCUCUCUCUCAAACUAUAUAUUUUCCAGAUCUAUCAAGUGCUAGAAAAAAUAUCAUUAUCUCAUUCGCAUCUGAAAAAUGAGCAUCUCAUCAGAUUCACAGCAAAAUAUCUGGAUAUAAAAAUUGGAGAUUUGACCGAAGAAAAUAUUGCAAAUUGGCUGAGAACCUAUCAAAAUGGAACAAUGCAACAUACCAUAAUUAAUUACACGUUUUCUGUCGGAGAUUCCGAUUUCGAUUGCCAUAAAUUGUGGAGACUUUUGGGAUCGAAUGAGCAGAAUCUGUGAGUUACCAGGAGUUUUCAAAAUUCUUUUUUUUUAUAUCAAAUUUUCAGCGAAAAACUUUUUGCGAUUCGAAGAAAUGACAAUCGAAGAAAAUUUCUGUACUUGAAAUUCACUCACGGAUGUUUGGUGUUAACAAAUCCUAUGCUUUAA